GCACCUGACAACUUUCAUACGACAGAAAGCCCAGAUGACUUAUAUUGGCAAGAUUUUAAAAGUUGUAUUCUUGAGUUCGGCCGCCAUGGGCUUCUAGUAGGAUAAAUACAUUAGGCUAGUGUUGAUAUUUCUAUACACUGUGUUCUUUGUUAAACCGUGCAAUAUCAGAAAAUCACGCAUUCACGUCGUGUAGGCCUACCUGGGAUAUUCUUUUACAGUCAAGCUGUAACCUAUUUCAAUUUGGACUCAUGGCGAAACGACUUGGGCGACAGAAGAUGCAGCUGCCAAUCUCUUACUAUGAAGGCUAUCUUGAGAUUAAGUAUCUGAAAGAGCAGGCACCACGGCGACUGUGGACGUCCCUCUGUGGGGAUGCGCUGUUUUUCUUCAACAACAGCAAAGAGAACCAGUACGUGGAGAAGCUGGAACUCGGCGGCUUCAUCUCCAUCUCUGACUACUCCAGUCCGGACAGGAACCUGAACACCGCGGGGCUUCUCAUCCACACGAAGGACGACGAUGUCAGACUAAUGGCACCUAGUCUAGAGACACGAGAGCUGUGGAAAGGCUUCAUCCUCUCAGUAAAAGAGCUCUCGGUGCCCACGUCUCUGAACCUGCUCCCUGGCCAGGUGCUCAUGAUGAGGGAGGUGGUGGAGAGGGAGAUGGACAGACGAAGCUCUCUCCCUUCCUCCGCUCCCACACCCACACCCGCGCCCCCGCCCACGACCACGACCACGACCAAGUGUAUUGUUAAAGGCUCUUCUCCUCUCUACCUCUCAGUGGUGUCAGAAAUGCCAGCCUGUUAUGAGGCGGUGUCACGAACCGAAGCAGAGAUUCUUCUGGAAAGACACCCAGAUAAAGGCAACCUGCUGCUGAGGCCGGGCAGAGACGGAUCCUCUUUUGCCAUCACCACACGCCAAAACCUCAAUGGCCCUGUGUUCAGGCACUAUCGUGUUACCCGGAAGCAUGACAGCGGGUUCUACAUCGAUGUGGAAAAACCAAUUUACUGCGCAACCUUGCAGGGUAUUGUGGACUGUCUGGUGGAGAAGACAGCCGGAACUUUGCAGCCCUUAAUACUGGAUGAGCCGUAUGAAGAGAGUAUCAUGCUCUGUCCCUCAGCGUUUGUUCAGGCCAACCAGGAGAAUGGAGAGUGGAGUCAGCGUUCGGUUUCUCCUCUUCCUAAACCGCCCUCCAGACCAGAGCGUAAGCAUAGCCUUGUGCGCGAGGAAGAGCUGGAGGAAGAGCUGGAGGAGAACACCUACCUCAACAUAAAUGACGAAGAUGAGAAGAAUGAGGAAGCGCCAGUACCACCGCAACCUCUGCCACGGCGACCUAUGCUACGGCAACAAGCUGCCAGUGGCCUAUUACCACAUCAAAGUUCUCUACCUAAUUUGACUGGCAAUCGAGGGCCAGGAAAAAAGGCCCUGAAACCCCCAAAAGCCUUACCCGUUCCUUCAUCCCGGGGAUUCCACCGUGCAGACGCACCCCUUAACAAGCUGCAUAACUUAGCACUCACCUCAGAGCUUCAACAGAAGCUGGUGCAGAGGCGUGCUAAAGAGUAAUGACUUGCUGUGGACAGCUGGAGAUCCUGGCUAAAGUGAUAGAUGUCCUCGGACCCAACUGGAGGCCUGCCCAUUUUCACACAUCUCCCCCGCCUCUCUCUGGAAGACUGAAGGCGAUAGACUGAGGAAAGUGAACGAGCGUUUGAGGUGGAAAAUCCAGCAACGAACAACCCAACCCAUCACAGUUUUAACCAUCAUGUAUCUCACUCUGGAUUUUACAGCCUUUGAGAUCUGAUGGUCUGGUUGACGCUGGUCUAGUUGUCACCACCAGUGCCUCUGUGUGUGGCUCAGCGGGCUGAGUCUCCACUCUCUCUGGUGCAGAACCUAUAAUACAAGUCUGUAGAUCAGCACCUUAAUGUCACAUUAUCUUGUCAUUGUUACAGUAUUUCUCUGUUAGCUUCUGUGAUUUAGUGUCCAUGAAGAAAAUGUCUUGAAUCACACGUCAUUGUACCACACUUUGCAGCAUUGCACUGUACUUUCUAUAUUCAGUACCUUACCUUAUAUCAGUAUAUGUUAUGAGCACUUUGAGUAUGUUUGGGGAGACAGCUUCUUUCUCUGGCUAGGUUAUGUCAUACUCCUGUAGCUUCCACGCCAGCAGGACUAUUUUCUGGGUGAGGAGCCAGAAACAUGUUUAGAUUAAGUUAUCAAACCAAAUAUUUUCAGACAAGUAAUAAAAAAAAAUGUCACUCCGAGCCAUUGUAUCAAAUUUGAACUUUUGCUGGAUUUCUAUCACGGAACAGCACGGCAUUUUCUAGUUAAGGUGCCUCCUAGUGGUCUAUUUGAGCAUUACUUAGAGAGGUAUAUCUUAAGCGAUGUGUGGCUAUGUGAUGGUGUGCUGUUAUUUGUCACAACUCUACAAGGCGUGGCUAUUACAUAAUGACAGUAAUUCUGUAAUUCAGUUGUAAUAAAUAAAACUUGUUAUACUCGUA